AUGCCAGCCGCCCUCCACCUAACCCCAUCUCCAGCCACCGCGGCAGCAACCUCGGUCUACCAAUACAAGCAGCCGGCAGACUGCCGGCACGUGCCGUUCCUCCUGCAGGCACGUGACCACGACGACCACGCGGUGCCGGAGUACGUGGCGCGUCACCACACGCGGGCGCUGCGGCCGAACCAGUGCAGCUCGGCGGUGGUGCGGCGCAUCGACGCCCCCGUCCAGGCCGUGUGGUCGGUGGUCCGUCGGUUCGACAACCCGCAGGCGUACAAGCACUUCCUGAGGAGCUGCCGCGUCAUCCAGGGGGACGGCGGUGUGGGGACGCUCCGGGAGGUGCGCGUGGUGUCGGGGAUGCCCGCGGGGAGCAGCACCGAGCGGCUGGAGAUCCUGGACGAGGAGCGCCACGUCAUCAGCUUCAGCGUGGUGGGCGGGGACCACCGCCUCCGCAACUACCGGUCCGUCACCACGCUCCACCCGGCGGCGGCGCGAAGCGGCGGGGGGACGGUUGUGGUGGAGUCUUACGUGGUGGACGUGCCGCCGGGGAAUACGGAGGAGGACACGUGUAGCUUCGUGGACACCAUCGUGGGGUGCAACUUGCAGUCUCUGGCUAGGAUCGCCGAGAACAUGGCGUCCACCGCCGGGGAGAACAAUAUUACUCCUCCUUCCUCAUAG